CCCGACGCUCGAUCUGAACAUAAACACGCGUCGCUUGCAGUACGGUUUUGGAAGCAUAAGGACCUUAUCUUUCAUAUCAGCAAGAAAUCAUUUUCAAAGAACAAAAGGUUCAAUUGAUAUACACCCGAUAGUGUUAGGGUUCCCACACGGCCAUAUUACAGCGCUUGUUUAGGGAAAACAGCCGGAAGACAGAGGCGACCAUCUGUGUUAAUUAGCAAUCUAGCAUGCUCCCAACACGUGUGUAAGUGUAUCUCGGGAAAUGUAGUUUCGUCGGACGGAAGCGCCCAUAGCUGUAUGGAUCUGUGCAAAACUGCUACAGUAAGUGUAUGUUUUUGUUUCGAAAGCCGUAUUGCAAGCGAUGAUUAUUGACGUUUCUAAACGUUAAAACAAAGCGUCGGGAUUGUAGUUCACAUGAGCCAGUCGUGGGCGAAGCUAACAGCUGAGAACUGUAGGGAGAAUGCCGCCUAGAGUUUGAGAGCUAGGAGCCUCCCAGUGAAUAGGCCUGAAGAGAGAAAUCCAGAGAGGAUGAGUUUCAGUAAGGUAGCAUUCCUUGCGUUUAUGGCUAUGGUUAUUGAAUUGUACUGCACUGAUGGUGCGUAAAUCCCUGUAAAAAUAUGUGGUAGUGACAGCAGCAGAGACAUGUUGGGGUGCAAGAGUUUUUUUUUUACAGAAGAUCUACAGGGGGUUUUAAGAGAAGGGGCUCCAUCCUUCCCAGGCUGUAGUAGGAUCUGGUUGGGCUGGUGUGUUUUUGGGGUAUAGUGGUGUAUAUGUGUAGGGUUAGAUGGAGGUGAGAUAAAAAAUAAAUCCUUUCCACUUUUUCCUGUCAAUGUGCAAUUCACACUCCAACCUGUGAAAGGCAGCAAUACGUAACAAAGCUAUUCUGCUGGAGACUCACACGAAGUAAACGGAAGUGAAUAAGAACAAUUUCCACGUUAGCGUUUUUAUUUAAUGUUAAAAUAUGACUAAUUUACCUGCACAGCGUCACAUACUUAACCCAUAUAGUGUUUAAUUCACGUUGGAGACAGGACUUGGUUGAUAGAUGUUAUCGAUGUAUGUAACGCAGACUAGCUAGCUGCUAACAAUGGCUAAUUGUAUGGUUUUUCACACUCAAAUAGCCUCCAUCAUGGAGGUACUAGCGAAUGCAGCUGUGGCAGAGAUCUGUAAACUCGUAGACGACGACUAUGCUGUGUUUCGUUUGGAAAUAACUCAAAGCCAGAAAGAAAACAGGGCAUUGCGGAGGAAACUACUGGAACUGAAGGUGGCACGGGAGCGCGUCCUCGCCAGUCGUCCCAGUAGUGUCAAGAUCCUCGACCGAUACAGAGGAAUGGCAAGAGGUACAUUUUUCAGGAAAAAGGCAGAGGCUGCGUGGCCUGCCGCUCGGUUCAGCCCUGCACGUGUUAAGAUGUGUUACCCAUAAUUGCGUCUUGGUCAGUGUUUGGAUAGAAUGCAAUGAUUCCCCAGAUUACUUAGCUACCUUUCCCAAAGACAAUAGCAUAUUGUAACCAGAUCCUUGAUUUACUGUAUUUCUUAUUAUUUACUCAUUGAAAACAAUGUGACACAUGGAACAUAAUACAUCAAUCAAUAAAUAGUAUAUCAAGAAGUUAUGAGAAGUGUUACCUUAUAUCCUUGCCAAUUCUAGACUGGGUCAAUAGUGUACAAUAUACCGUUGAGCAUUGACAGUAGCUUACCUCACCAUUCCUUUCCCCCCCCCAAUCACUCUCUCAGGUGAAGGACAUCUCACUGGAGGCCACAGGAGCUUUGUGAAGCCAGCGGGACACACUACAUGGAGAGAUGACCAACCAAUCACUGUUGAUGAGGGGAGUGGAACCUCAACCCAGCAUGUUAUCAUGAUAGAGUCUGCAGAGGCUGCAGGUCCUGGGGUCAAGCAGGAGAGGUCUGAAGGAGAGGAGGACCCACAGCACAGCAGAGACAUCCAGACAGGAGCGGCUCCUGUAGCCAUGGCAAACCCCAUCACCGUGCAGCCCAGGACCAGACGCAGCGUCACGGAGGUCAGUGGAACGCUGAGCGGCGUCCUCAAGUCAGAGACAGACACAGAGACUUUAACUGUAACACAAAGGCUUUUACACACAGGAUCUGACCACAGGUCAGACCCAGAGAGACUGGGGCCACUGGGCUGUCCUGCUCUCGGCUCAGAGUAUUUACUUUACGGUAACCCGAGCCCUAGGACAGUUCAUUCCCAUCGGGACUCAGGUGACGUGUUAGAGACUGGCAAUGAUCCGUCUUGUUCUUACACUACAGAGAUGAACACUGGCAACAUGCCCUUGGGUUUAGAGACCCAGACUGAUCUGUCUAGAGGGGCCUGGAACCGGUACAGUAGUAGUGUAUACUCUGAAGGGUGCCUAGAUAAGAAAGGUGAGGGUUUAGUGUUAGAUGAGGUGACUGUGAAAGUGGAGGGCGACAUUCCUCCCACAUGGAAUGCAGAUAUUCACUUAGGAGACGGACACUCACAGGGCAGAGAUUUCUUAGAUUACAGGGGAAGCUUAAAGACUAAUCCAAAUGUUGCGACCCACUCCCCUUUAAACGAGCUCCGGGAUCAUAACCCAGUGUCCACGUCGAUGGGACCUUCAGAUUCACAAGGCUGCAUCCUUUUCGAUCAGGUAUUGAACUCAAACAACAGGGCUAGAGCCCAGGCUCAGGGAGGAAGAGCCACAUCAGGCAAUAGUAAAGAGAAACGGUUCCUCUGCAUGUUCUGUAAGAAAGGCUUCAGCUGCUCCCAGAAGGUGGAGAUCCACCAGAGGAUCCACACAGGGGAGAAACCCUUCAGCUGUACCCAGUGUCAUAUGUGCUUCGCCCAGGCUUGUGACCUGAAGAGGCACCAGAGGGUCCACACAGGGGAGAAACCCUUCGGCUGUACCCAGUGUCACAUGCGCUUUGCUGAGGCUGGCAACCUGAAGCGGCACCAGAGGGUCCACACAGGGGUGAAACCCUUCAGCUGUACCGAGUGUCGUAUGCGCUUCGCCCAGGCUGGUGACCUGAAGCGGCACCAAAGGGUCCACACGGGAGAGAGGCCAUUCGCCUGUAAUCACUGCGGGAAGAGGUUCUCUGAGAGGAGAUACCUAAGGAUACACCAGCAGAAACGCCAUUCCACUUUAUAACAUAAAGUAACCAUUCCACCUGGCUAGCUAAGUAAACAACAGCUGGAACGAUCUAGCUAGCUGUAAAGUUUACAUGUAUCCCCACUAGCUGGCUACUAGACGACCAAUAUAACACGUGGGCCUAAAGCUUUUUGUAGGGACCCAAGGAAAGCAACUCUUGCCUGUAUCAGUGAUAGACACUAUUUAUAAUGUAGACCAAUACCUUUAUAGCUAACUACUAAUACAACAGCCUAAUUUAUUACACAUUGUUUUGAUAAACUGGUUAGAAUAUGGUCAAAUCAUAAUCUGUACCAAAUGGAUUGCCUAUCAAUCAGGGCUGGGCGAUUAUAUCGAAUUAAUUUGAUUCAUUGAAAUGAAUGUUUUUGUGCGAUAUUCCAAAUGCCUGUAUCGCAGAAUCGAGUUUUGUAUUUUCCCAUUUUAUGAGCGGUUCUAUAGUAUGCUUGUUCGCAUGUUGUCUUUUUGGUCUGGUUCGCUCCUUCUGUGCUGUGCACAUGACCAUUUACACCAGUGAUCUGUAUAUAAUGACGAGAUGCUCAUGUCUCCGCUCCCUAACAAUGGGAGUCUUUGUCCCGAAGGGGGAAUGCAGGGGGACAAGCUUAGGUUCAAAAUAAGCGCAUAGAAACACAUUGGGCUUAUUUUGGAUAGAUUUUGGCGAUAGUGAAACCUCUCGCUUUGCCUCUUUCUCCCAAGCCCCUCCCCUACCAAGCACAACAAUAAAGAUGAGAGGUCACUUCUUCCUCUCUGACGACCGGUUUCUAUUUGCAUUUGGUCCAACAGAAUCGGUCAUAUGGACAUCGCAACACAUGGAGACGUUAUUUUACUGUAAUAGAGAAGGUAACCUUUUUUGAACCCUGGUUAUGUUUCAACUGCUCAAAUUUUGAGCAGAGCGAGCACUGCUAAAACGGAUGUACCAAUGAACAUUCAUUCUGGAAAAUGUAUGCUCAGUUUGUCGUGCACAUAUUACGGUACCACGUACCGCUAGAAGCAUUUUUGUCAAAUAAAGAUGGUUAUACUAGCUGUUUGGUCUGUGUUUUAUACAUGAGCAAUAAACAUAAAACAAUUAUAUAAGGAAUUGGCAACUCAUCAUUCUGAGAAAUAAGGUAGGCCACUUGACCUCAACAUCCGAACAAGGUGGACAGACUAGCAUGCCGUUCAAACAGUUGGAGACGGACAGAAGGGUGUGUUCAUAACAAUUCAACUGUUCUACCACGUUAGCUGAAUUCAGAGCUUGUGAAGUGAUACCUAGAUCCAAGUUGGCUAAACUUGAAAUAGAAAUAUUAGCUGGCUACUCGCUAGCACGUGGGCUUCGGCUUGAGAGAUUGUUUAUGAGACCUGUGUUCAUUUUCUAUAAUACCUGCUACAUUAUUGGUGAAUGUGCAUUAUGCAUGGUUCUGGUUAAAUUUGUAACAAAAUCACAUUUUUAUAGACAGAGCUGAAAGCCAGUGAUUACUGCAAAAAAAAGCAGGUUAAACUAUUUUGAUAAAAUAAUGAAAUUAUUAGUGGGUCUUAUGGUUGUGGAAGGCUUGUAUUCAGCCAAGGUAUAAUUUCACACCUCUGAAUUCAUUAUAUUAUUGCUGACUGUUUUAAAUGUAUUUUACCUUUUUUUAAAUUGUACAACAAAGCUUAGAGAACAUGAAAAAGAAUCGAGAGAUGAGUUUUAGGCCAUAUCGCCCAGCUCUACUAUCAAUAAACAUCUUACAAUGUAUACAUGUACUACUACUAUGUUCCUUGUUAUUUACUUAGUAUUAUCAACCUUCAUAUAUUACACUGUUGAUGUUUAUGGAGUACAACAUGACUAAGUUAGCUUGUAUUCUCUGAACAAUAACACCUGUGUUCCUGUACCAGAAUGUGUGUACUGUAUUAUAGGUUAUAGCCAAGAGAGGAGGAAGUGGCGGCUUGUUUAGAGCACAGACAUGGUUGUAAUGUCAGUGGUGCUCAUGAGGAACCCUAUAACAAUGGAAAUGUCAAUGUGGCCUCUGUCAAACGUUGUAGCAUUGGGAACCCUCAGUAGUCAAUGUGUGAUAGGACGCUGAGUGCAGGAGUAGACUAAUGAACGUGGGCUUUCUGUACAUUGUCAUUUAUUUUCCUUCCACUGUUUGCUCGUCUUGUAAUUGGUUAUGUAAACAUGAUCAGAACAGUCAUUGAUUAAUAAACCGAACUAAACGUGGA